AUGUAGAUUAGUAAACUACCAUUGUUAGAUUAAACUUUAUCAUCUUAAAAAAUACUACCUAGCAAAACUAAAAUAAACAAUGAAAAUCCAAAUGGUGUAAGUGUUUAGAAAGGGUAUAGAUAGCCUAAUGUACUAAACACAAGAAGACAAUUAAGUAUAAUGAAGCAAACAACUGAAGGCAAGAAAUUGAUAACUAUUUAAAAUGAUGAACCAAUUUAAAAAAGAGUUAAUGCAGGAAAGUCCUAAUCUGAGGGCUAAAUAAUUGAGAAACUACAUCAAGAGUUUGAUCAAAAAUAUUAAGAAUAAGUAAAUAAGAUUUAUUUAAGAUAGGUUAGGAUUAUUGAGGAUAUAAAAUCAGAGAAUGUAAAAUUAAAAAUGCAAUUAGAAGAAUAGGAAUAAUAAAUAAUAUAUUUAAAGUUAAUAAAUAAUGAUCUAAGAUAAUAAAUAGAUAAUUCUAGUUUAGCAUAAUAAUUGAAGAAAUUAGAGAUAGAAUAUAAGGAUACUUAUAGAAGAAUGGAUGACACUCUAAGAAAAGCAAUAGAUGAAAAUUAUGAAAGCCAAAUAAAAUUGAAAAAUCUAUCAAUAAAAUAAUAACAAUUAGAAUAAUUUACAGUAAAUAAAAAUAAUAAUGAUAUAGUUUUCUUUAAGACAACAACUUACAUGCAAAUUCUGCAAGAAAGAAUUAUAAAAUACUAUUACUGUGAUUCCAUGUGCACAUAACUAUUGUUAGAGAUGUGUUUCUGGAUAUUUAGGAAGAUGUUUUGCUUGUAAUGAUGAAGUAAACAUUAAAUUAAAUUACUAAUUUUUAGAAUCGUGUUUAGGCUACAUAUCAUAAUGAAUACAUUAGCGAUUUAAUAAAUAUGUAUAAAAUAUUUGAGAAUAUAAUGAAUAUAUUAAAAACUUGA